CAUGGAAACGGAUCAGUCAAGUCCUGCGCUCCGUGACGCGCACACGCCUCGGCCGGGAUCAGCCAGCUCUCCUCUUAACAGCCUCGUACUUCAGCCGGCUCUUCUUCUCCGGACACUGCCGCUCUUGAGGACGAGCCCUGUGAUGGUUCCGACCCUGAAAUGAACACAGACUACAGCAAGCCUCCUUUGGCUCCAAAGCCAAAACUUCUCUGUCACGCCAGCCUCAGGCUCAGCUCCCCCCUCAUGUCCAGAGCCGCUUCUGCAGCAAGGGGCCCCAAACCCCCUGUAGCCCCGAAACCCAAAGUUUCAAAUGACCCCAAUGGAGGAGAUGCCCUCAUCCCUAGCGUGCCAGAGGGGUGCAAUAAUGGAGGCUCGCUGGCGUCGGAUGAGGAAGCUGUUCAAGAGAAUGAGCCAGAGAGUAGUCCAAGCAGAGCGGUGCGUGAGGAGUCACUGGUAAAACAAAAGUUUGGCUUCUACUUCCUGGGCUCAGGACGAAAAAAAUCACCUCAUUAUUUACUGGAGGAAGCGGGGAGAGAGGUGGGGGAAGAGGAGGAAAACGGGAUGCAGGAGACGGAGGAGGAGCGGAGAUUUACCGACAGCCCUCCGGCGGAAGGGGCAGACUCUUUAAAAACUCAUCAGGCGGGUGAUGCCGGGCCCGACGCGCACCCCACGGACGCUGUGGAUUUAACCGACGUAGACAUGGCUGAGGAUAUGGACGGUGAGGGCUGUGAUGCGGGCGAGGCGCUGGCUGACACAGAUGGCCUCUCUGUGGGAGACUUCUCGGUGGCCAGCAAUGAGGAGGGCGAGGCCGCCUGCCGCUCUGGUGGAAAAGUGCCCUGGCUGGAGAAUGCAGACGUGAAGGGUUUGGAGUUUAGGCUCCAAUGCAAGGGGAACGGAACAGCUGACUGCACAAUUGACACGUUAACCGAGUCUCUCAUAGAAGAACCCGUUGAUUUACUUGUUAAUAAAAACACGGAGGCCAUUGUUAGCCAACAGAUGGUGCUUAGAGAGGGAGAGGAAGCAGAAGAGCUAUCAGCGCUUAACCAUGGCGUUAGUUGUAACACCUCGAAACUGGAGUAUGGUCAUGAAAUCAAGGAGAGGGCUGAAAACUUGCAGUCCUUCUCUGUCAUUAAUAAAGAGCACACGACUGUCUACGACGCCGUUCCUGAACACCAGGAACAGCUCCUGGACAAAGAUGCGGGAUGUGUUGUCUUACAGCCCUAUCACGUGUCUUCUGAAGACAUAGACAGAUGCCCAAGACCAGUAGAUGACAAUGCAAACGGACUAUGGAAGAACCUGCUUACAACACAGACAUAUUUAAACAACAACACUGUAUUACCUGGUGAAUGUGAGGCAAUGUAUGGAGAGGACACACUGUGUAGGCAACCUGAAGACAAUGGCCGGACAAAAUUUGUGUCUUCUGACGUUUACUUGGAUAUGGACAGUGAUGACAGGAACAUAACAAGGCCAUGUAAGAGAUGGACGUCUUUUAAGCGUGAAGAACAGGAAUCUCAGACAAUGGAGGCUUUGGUGGACCACACUGAGUGCCAGCCAAGGUUCAGGCUCAUGUCUAUUACAGUACCCACAGACACCGAUACCUCUACGAUGUCAUCUGUCUCAGAAAAGCAACUGCUCUCCACCACAGACUCUGACGUCUUCAAAAACGAGGAGGACCUCGAGGGUCAUAUAGUCCCAUUUCUAGACGACACCACUGAUACAGAGCAGGACAGCAGCGAUGAACACAUCUACGAGGAGGCUGGGCAUGAUCUGGACCCUUUUGACAAGAAGGCCACGGUGAUGCAAUCCUGCUCACUGAUGGGUAAAGCGCCAACUUAUUUGGCUGGGACGGGAUCACAGACCAGCGUGCUGAUGCAUUGUAAGGGGGGAGUUGACGGAAAGAGACCUCCGCUGAGCAGCAGUCCAAUGUUAAACACAGCCAAGAUCUACUCCAGACCUCGACUUUCCCUGUACCCACGCUCCUUCUCUGUGGAGGGCCCGGAUGGGUCUCUGUACGCACGCAGGGGGAGGGAGGGCUCCCCAGGGGACAGGAGGGAGGACAGUCUCUCUUUGCCCUAUAUCUUUACCUCAUCUAGUAGCCUUUCUCAGCGCUCACCACUGCCGUCCAGCGGCCUGUCGACGCCUACGUCUGUGGUGGACAUCCCUCCUCCGUUCGAGCUGGCCUACAUUACCAAGAAGCCCAUCACCAAAAGCUCCCCCUCCCUACUCACUGAGGGAGACUCGCCAGACAAAAACAAGAAAAAGAAAUCUUCCAUUAAGCGUUUCCUAUUGCUCAAGUUCAGGAGGAAAUCGGAGAACAAGCUCGUACCGGAUGGCAACCCGCCAUCGACGAGGUCCUCAUCAGAGUCCAGCCACCACAACACCAGCCGGCAGCUAGAUUUAGACGAGCACAUCAUAGGUAGUUCUCCGCAACUUAACUCUCGCUCUGCUACUAUGUCCCAGAUCUCAAACCAGUCCCCUUCUACCUUCUUGUAUGACCAAGAUGGUAAAAGAAUACGCACCUCUGUCGCCUUUCUAAAUCGCAGUGUUGUCCGGGUGGAGUCAUUUGAGGACCGCUCCAGGGUGCCCUUUGUACCUCUCCCUCUGACCAAGCCUCGCUCUAUCUCUUUCCCCACCGUGGACGCCUCAGAUUAUGAGAAUAUUCCUGCCAUUAGCUCGGACUAUGAGAACAUUCAGGUGCCGCGCCAGAGGCCUGUUCGGCAGGGGACCUUCCCCGAGUUCUUCGAUCGUCCGAGUCGAAUGCUGUCCUCCGCCAAUGAUACGGAUGGCUAUGUGGACAUGAGCAGCUUCACUGGAUUUGAGAGCAGAACUCAGUCUUCUGAGCAGGAAGCCGAGAGUGCCUAUACAGAAGCUUACAAAGUGUGCUUGGUGGCUGCGCCUCCUCUCUGUGGGACGGUGGGUGAGGAAGAGGGGGACGCAGCUGGUGAGGAUGACCAAGGACACACGUCUGAGGAAGAGGAGGGAUGGGGAGAGAGCAUCUACGACAGACAGCCUGACGGGCGGUCCAGGGCCUUCUACAUCGCCAGGGAGCUGGUGGACACGGAGAGACUACACGUGAGAGCGCUCAAGCUUCUUCAAGAAGACUUCCGGGAAGCGGUGGGGGCCGCGGUGGGGGAUGAGGGGGACCCCGUGUUGGACGAAGACAGACUGAGGGAGAUCCUCAACGAGCUUCCUGAUGUUUACACCUUACACCGCAGAAUCCUCACGGAGCUGGAGAACCGCAUCCGGAACUGGGAGGAGGGCCAGAGCAUCGCAGACGUCCUCCUGUCCAGGAAGGCGGAGUUCCUGGUCUUUACAACUUACAUCGGCCACUACGACCGCAGCAUGAGCCUGCUGGAGGACAGCUGCCGCACCUCGCCUGCGUUUGCCGCUAUUGUUCAGCUAUUUGAGCAUCAGAGUCCAGCGGGCCAGAACAUUUCCCUCCAGCAUCAGCUGCUGCAGGUCAUCGUGCGGGUGGCCCAGUACCGCAUGCUGCUAACCGAUUACCUAAACAACCUCUCUCCAGAUUCCCAAGAGUAUGAGGACACACAAGCUGCUGUUGUGAUGGUGUCCGACAUUGCGGAUCAAGCAAGUGACAGUUUGAAAAAUGGGGAGAACCUGUUGCGUCUGGUCAACAUAGAGUACAGCGUCCGAGGCCAGAGGGACCUGCUGCAGCCUGGCAGGGUAUUUGUGAAGGAGGGUACCCUGAUGAAGGUCAGCAGGAAGAGUAGGCAGCCUCGCCAUCUGUUUCUGAUGAACGAUGUGCUGCUGUACACCUACCCACAGCAGGACGGCAAAUACAGACUGAAGAACAGUCUGUCGCUCACAGGGAUGAAGGUCAGUAAACCUGUCGUGGACAAUGUGCAGAAUGCGCUGAAGAUCGAAGCGACAGACAUCUCCAUCACUUUGUCAGCAAGUUCUUUCAGUGAAAGAGAGGACUGGUUUUAUUCUCUGACCCGAGCUGUGAGCGACCACGCCAGAGGCUCGGCAGCGUUCAGCAGCUACCCAGCAGAGGCCAGAGAGCGUCUGUGGCUGCCUCUAGGAGAGAAGGCUCCCACCCUUGUGCCAGUGUCUCAGGUGGUGAUGUGCAUGAACUGCACCUCUGACUUCAGCCUCACUCUGCGCAGGCACCACUGCAACGCCUGCGGGAGGAUUGUUUGCCGAAGCUGCUCCAGAAACCGUUAUCCCCUGAAAUACAUGAAGGACCGCAUGGCCAAAGUCUGUGACCACUGUUACAGCGAACUCCAGAAGAGAGGGGGAGACGUGUCUACACUGUCGGGUAAUAACAGCCCUCGACCGAACCGCUCCAGCCGUCCUCUCUCUGCCAUGUUCCAGAACAUUCACCCUCCAAGCCUCUGGAGGCAUCGCAAAGGCACUGCCUUUCUGAACCAGAUGAGCGUGUCGGAGGAGGGCUCCAUCAGCGGCAGUCUGCAUCGCAGUAAGAGGAGCAAAAGAAACUGGAAGAGACUGUGGUUCCUGCUCAAAGACAAGGUGCUUUACACCUACCGCGCUCAAGAGGAGAAGGUGGCAUCAGAGACGUUGCCUCUGCUGGGCUUCACGGUUAAGCUGCCUGACAGGCCGCAGGGAGAGGAGGAGUCCACCGUGUUCCAGCUUUACCACAAAAAGACUUUGUAUUACACCUUUAAGGCUGAGGACAACCACACGGCCCAGAGGUGGGUAAAUGCCAUGGAGGAAGCCACAGUUUUAUAGGGUAAAGCCACUGCGGGUGGUUGGAUGAAAAAGGACCAUCCGUCACUCCCAUUUCCGCACUACUUGGUGGACAUCUUGACCUUCCUCCGCUCUGAGUUUGUGUCCCGAGGAAGGGCUGCGUGUGACAAGAAAAAGAGGAGUAGAAUGAAGAACGAUGGCUGCGUUGCAGUGUGUUUCAGGGCUGCAACCUACCCGACCACGCUUGGGGAGGGGGACACGCUGUGUUCUGCGGCGUGAGAAGGGACACGAUCACCUACUUUGUCGACCUCGAGUGUUCCCGGCCCGCUGCCACGGCAGGUGUGACGUGGAGGGCCGGGCGAGGCGGCGGCCCACAUACGCGCCGUUCUGCAACACACGGUCCGCAGCACACAGGACUACGGUGGCACCUGCUCCUGUGCACGGACUAGACCACAUCCACACCGCGGCCAACAGCCUUUACUGUUCUCAGCGUCGAGCGGGGGGAUGCUAAACAAUUUCAGUUAUAACAGAAAUUAUUUAACGUUUUCACGAAUUUUCAACGACUCUGAUAUAUCUGUUGAAACAGUGUCAAAGCCACUGAAUAAAGCAGAAUUCUGCGAAAUUACUUUUUUUUCUCUCCCUGUUAUCUGCAGGGCUGCCAUAAAUCCAAGUGAUAAAUCUCAAUGAACCCAAACUACAUAACGGACAUAUUAUAUAACCGCCUUUAGUUAGAGAAUUAAUUUCAUACGUCUUUAUUUUCAGCAGAUAUUGUUCACUAAACCAGAGUAAAUUACUUCCUAUGCCCAGUAUAUGUAGGCACAGGUUGCCUUAAAACAUGAAUGAUAUCUGGUUAUUUGUAUGAAAGUGUUUGCAGCAAUCUCGUGUGCAGUGCUGUGGAAGAUGGCUGCAGCCCUAGCCAGUAGACUUAACACACACAUAUGUAGGGACUUGGCAUAUAUAUAUAUAUAUAGGUUACUUGCUUUUUUUGCACUGACAUAAAGGAGAAUGAACCUGAGAUGUAACCUGAAUGUAAGUGUGCCUUUUAUUUGUUAAGUCAUCAACGUAUCACGUCUGUUCUUGUGUGCCAAAAGGGCCAAAGCUUUCAGUUACUGUACUUAGCUAACUUUAUUUUGUCCAGUUUAUGUCUUUAUUAUUUUGAUGUGUCAUGUCAAGAAGCGCUCAGCUCCCAGUUGUAUUCUUCAUGUUCACUUGAAUCACCCAUGUGUCUAAUCAAUGUCUUGGACUUUGCACUGUACUUGAGUUAUUUAAGUUUAUUCCUAAUAUCAGUAAUUCUGAAUUAAGUAAAGCAAGUAAAAAUUGGA